UGAACCUUCCCACAGAGGAGGAGGAGGAGCAGAGGGAGGAAGGGGCGGCAUUUCGUGCCAGAGCCAGCUUUUACGCACGGAGAGCGCAGAGUCAGAGUGGCUGAAUAGCGCAGCGGAGGAUCAACGGAGGGGCAGCAGCGCGGCGGCGCGGCGAGACCUUCAUCUGCACCGACUCCCAGAGCGAACAGACGCAAGCAUCAUGAGUGAGCGCUUUGACUGCAGAAACUGUAAGGCGUCUUUGUACGGACAGCAAUACAUCAAGGUGGAGAAUGAGCCCCACUGUAUCAACUGCUAUGACCAGCUGCACGCCAACACCUGCCAGGAGUGUACAGAAAUCAUUGGACACAAUGACAAGGAGCUCACCUUCAAGGACAGAUAUUACCAUGAGCACUGCUUUCGCUGUUUCCGCUGCGAUCGCUCCCUGUCCAACGCGUCUUUUACCAGCCAUGAGGACGUGCUGCUUUGCAAUGACUGCUACUGCAAUGAGUUUUCCUCCAAGUGCGUGUCCUGCAACAAAAUCGUCAUGCCAGGAUCCAAGAUCCUGGAGUUUGAUGGCUCCUCCUGGCACGAGGACUGUUUCGUGUGUCACAGCUGCGAGAAACCGAUUGGAGGUGAAUCCUUCGUCCCCAACGAGAAUCAGUACUACUGUGUGCCGUGCUAUGAGGGCAGGUUCACGCCACGGUGCAGCCACUGCAACAAGGCUCUGACCAAAGGCGGGGUGAGCUACCAGGGCGGGGUGUGGCACAGAGAGUGCUUCCUGUGCACGGGCUGCAGCGCUCCGCUGGCCGGCCAGCCCUUCACGUCGCAGGGCGAGACUCCGUACUGCGUUAAGUGCUUCAGCAACCUGUACGCCAAGAAGUGUGCCGGCUGCAACUCAGCCAUCACAGGUUUUGGAGACGGGAAGUACAUUUCCUUUGAGGACCGGGAGUGGCACCAGCCGUGCUUCAAGUGCUCACGCUGUUCCGUGUCACUGGUCGGCUCUGGCUUCUUUCCGUACCGGGACCAGAUUCUGUGCAGAGACUGCAACGACGAUGACUGAGGGGCUCAAAGAGGGAGACCGGAAGCGUCCGAACCUCAUGUGGACACAGAAAUGGAUCACUGCUCCACUUUUGUAAAACCUCCAUAGCGCAACUUUCAAUAAUUUCUACCUUCAGACUCACUUAAAUGUUCUUUAUUUUCUUAUUUUGCACUAAGAAUUAAAAGAAUAAUGUGACUUCUC